UUCUUAGGUCGAUGUAGAAACGGUAGCAUUGGAAUAAAUAUUUGUAACAACAGUGAUUUCUUUUUUAAAAUAUUUAGUAGCAUUUAGUUCGGUUCUACCUUCCGAAGUCAAACUGUCGAGAUUGUAUUUGUCUUUUAUCGCAUCAGAGUGAAUGAGUAAAAGCAAAACUGUUUCCUGGUAUCGGUUCGAAAAAGUAAUUAAUUACAGAUGCACGUUACUAAGCUUUGUCACAAAGCUACACUAUGUUUUCCUAAAAAUCGGAUUGUUAUUUCGUUUCGUUGAUUCUAUAUUAUUUGUUGAGCGACUCCUGAUUAAAGUAAUUCCUCGCCCCUACUACCACCAGUUCUUUAAUCAAGCAGGAACAGAAUUACAUUUUAGUCGAAACCUAUUCGUUCAGUCGUUCGUAAAGGUUCAGGAACGAUGAUGAUAAUAUUUUCAUGUGACUAUUUUAGUUAGAAUAUGCUCGUCAUGUGACACCCUAGAAUUACCUCUAUCGAAACAGUGUCAUUAAUUCUGGUGUUUUGUCAUUUCAUUCUGUUCUUGGGAAUUUCUUAGGGAAAAAAAGAAAAAAAUCCACCGGUUGAAAUAUUGUUUUGUCAUCAGCAGUUUCAACACAGAGAAACAUCUUUUACUUUUUACUAUGUUAAUGAAAUUGUGUCUGGUGUGGAAAAUAUCAUGAAGUAAAACUAUGCAAGAAAAGAAAAACAGCAUUCUCAUCGAAGCAAUCACUAAUCGAUUGAUUUGUUAUAUCUUAUUUAAUCAAAACUAAAAAGGCAAAAAGUUAGAAGAAAACAAAACGAAAAGCGAGAAGAAAUGAAUAGAAGACGGUCAGAAACUGCCCCUUUACUUGGAGCAUACCAUCGCCGAUAUUCAACCGACGAUAGACGUGACCGUGGCCCUGAGAUUUAGCUAUAAGAACAAGAUCACUCAAAUUAAGAGUUCUCACAGACAGCCAGCCUUAAAUUUCUAAUGUCUGGAGAACCAUGGGGGAUCAAUACACAGAAAUUAUUCAGGAAGGGGUUGAAAAUACUUGUCUCAGCAAUCUUUAUGAGAGUUUAGAUUAUGACCCGGUUGAAAACAGCAUUUAUGAAAAGGAACUGAUUGACAGAACAAAAUGGAAAAACAUUUACAUUGGUAUGGUGCGAUGGUUUGUAAUGUUUUCAAUUGGAGUCCUUACGGGGCUCAUAGCUUGUCUCAUAGAUUAUGGAGUGACAACGGUAGCAGGCUUCAAAUUCUAUCAGAUCAAACAUUAUUUUAAUAUGUGCAACAGACAGAACUGCCUGGGGAUUACAUUUUUAAUUUGGAUUGCAUUCAAUGCAGGCUUCAGUGCUCUGGGAUCCAUAGCAACAGUCAUUUUUGCUCCUGUUGCAUCUGGAAGUGGGAUCCCCCAAAUCAAAUGUUUCCUAAAUGGAGUAAAAGUUCCUAGAGUCGUACGCCUGAAGACAUUAGUGGUGAAAGUGUUUGGCGUGGUGUGUGCUGUGGCAGGAGGUUUGGCUGUUGGAAAGGAAGGUCCCAUGAUUCAUUCAGGGGCAGUUGUUGCUGCAGGAAUAUCACAAGGCAGAUCAUCAUCACUUCGAUUUGAUUUAAAUGUAUUUGAAUUCUUCCGUACAGAUACUGAGAAGAGAGAUUUUGUGUCAGGAGGUGCUGCUGCAGGUGUAGCUGCUGCUUUUGGUGCCCCCGUUGGUGGUGUUCUCUUCAGCUUGGAGGAAGGUGCUAGCUUCUGGAACCAGGCCCUUACGUGGAAAAUUUUUUUCUGUUCAAUGAUAUCAACAUUUACACUUAAUAUAGUCCGAAGUUAUAUAAAAUUCCAUCCUUGGGAGUUGACAUAUCCAGGUUUAAUAAAUUUUGGAAAAUUUACUUUUAAUUAUUACUCUGGCCAGGAAUUAGUAAUUUUUAUAUUGAUGGGAGUAGUUGGUGGAUUACUAGGUUCCCUGUUCAAUAGUAUCAAUCAUAGAUUGACGAUAUUUCGUCAAAAAUAUAUCAAAAAUAAAAUUUGUCAGGUGCUAGAAACCAUCUUAGUAUCGGUGAUUACGGCAACAUUAAGUUUCCUGAUCAUUUAUUAUAAUCAGAACUGUUUACCAAUGAAAGAAGCUCCAGCACAGUAUAAUAUGCAAUUUUAUUGUGCAGAUGGUGAAUACAGUUCCACAGCUACCAUUAUACUUCAGACACCAGAAGAAAUGGUGAAGAGUUUAUUUCAUGAAGAGACUACAUCUUUCAAAAGGGAAACUUUACUCUUUAUAUGUCUAUGUUACUUCAUAAUGUCAUUGUGGACGUAUGGUCUUCUUAUCCCAAGUGGUCUGUUCAUUCCCUGUUUCCUAAUUGGUGGAGCUUGGGGAAGGCUUGUUGGCCUUUUCAUGCGAUAUGUUUUCCCAGAUAUGAAACUUGCAGAUCCAGGAAAAUAUGCUUUGAUUGGUGCUGCAGCUAUGCUUGGUGGUGUUGUUCGUAUGACUAUAAGUCUGACUGUCAUCAUAAUUGAAGCCACGGCCAACAUCUCUUACGGUCUCCCUAUUAUGUUGACUAUCAUCAUGGCAAAAUGGGUGGGAGACUGUUUUAAUGAGGGUAUCUAUGAUAUUCACAUACAUCUUGGAGGAGUUCCAUUGCUUGGAUGGCAGCCAUCUGAUCUUGCAUCUUCAUUGAAUGCCAAUGAAGUGAUGAGUCAUCCUGUUACAGUGCUGCAACGAGUCGAGCAAGUCGGUCGAGUGAUGGAUGUUCUCCUCCAUGAGAGCCACAAUGGUUUCCCUGUUGUGGACGACUAUGACCCCUAUGCUCCUAUGCAUAUGAGGAACCCAGACGAAUCAAAUACCUUUGGCACUUACCAAGGAAUGAUCCUGCGCACACAAUUAUUGGUUCUUUUAAAAAUGAAGGCUUUCAAUGAGAGAGAGGACCUCUUCCACACAAUCAGGAAUCUUCAUAAUAAAGACUUUAGAGAAGAAUAUCCUCGCUUCCAGCCAAUUCAUAAAAUCAAUAUUUCUUCAAAUGAACGGAAAAUGCACAUUGAUCUCACCAGCUUUAUGAAUCCUGGUGCAUAUACAGUAUCAAACCGUGCAACAUACUCACGAAUCUUCCGGCUGUUUCGGGCAUUAGGCUUGCGGCAUGUUACAGUUAUAAAUUCUGAACAUCAGGUGUGUGGCAUUGUGACACGCAAAGAUCUUGCCAGAUUUGCAGACAAAUGAGGAGAAAGAAAGCAUGCAAAAACAAUUUAUUACAACUUUGAAUAAAACACAAAAUAAGUUUUUCUUCCUGGUGAUGGAUAUUUAUAUUUUAAAAUGGACAGUCUUGCUACAUUCAUUCCAGCAUGAAUGGGAAUUUUGUGACUUUGAUUCCUAUGGAGUCUGCCAUAAACUUGCUUCGCACCUUUUCAAAAUGGUUCACUGGUAAUCAUGUACAGUAUAUGUUUUACUUGAUGUAAUUAUAUCAAGCCUUAUGCAAAGUGAGAAAACAAAACGAAAUCAAAGUGAGACUGGAGGAAUUUGUGGUGCCACUGAAUCUAAGCAUUAAACUUUUAUCCUGAAAUAUUAACAAAUCUAUGAAGAACAGCCAAAAUGUUACAAUCGUUGGCCCAGGAUAUAUAUGUACGCACACAUCAUCAUCAGUGGACGUUAAAUGAUGACAAUGAUGAUAUACACACAAGCAUAUAUAUGUAUAAAGCAUACACACACACACAAGCAUAUAUGUAUAUAAUACAUGCAAAUAUAUAUAUAUAUAUACAGAGUGAGAGAGAGAUUCAUGAAUGUAUUGUGAGUGCAUAAGUAGUUUGUGUGAGAGAUUUAUAUGUAUAUAUAUUAAAAAAAAGCACACACAUGUAGACAUCCAUAAUUACCUCAAUGAAAUAAGUUUUGAAAGUGAUGCACAAAUGAUUUGAAUUUUUUAUGCAAGGAACUUUUCAUUCUUUUUCAUCGGGUGAUAGAAAUGGCUGCACUGCUCUGCAUCAAACUAAACGCCAAAUGGUAUUUAGAAUCAUCCCUCUGCAUCGUAAAUUGAAAUCAUUCUGAAGUUGUAAUGUGAUUCAGCACAACCAUUUGCUGGGAAUUCUUUGUGGUGUAAAAAUUUAAUAUUCGUUUCCAAGAAACUAGUUUAGAAUAAUAUUAUUUUGACUUUUAAUGGCACUUACCUUAUCUUUCACAACAAAUAACUUGAACACGAUUUCCUUGAAUCCCUCGUGGGUUUGCAGAAGAACCAAAAGUACAUGGAGGUUAAUUCAGUCAUCUAUAGUUCUCUAGAAAUUGAUUUUUUUCUUUGUUUUUUUUUUUUUUUUUCUGCCAAUCUGAAAAAUUUAUUAUUAAAGAUGGUGAACUGAUAGAACCAUUAGUGUGACAAAAUGUUUGGUGGCAUUUCUUCCAACCCAUUAUGCUCAGAGUUCAAAUGUCACCGAGGUUAACUCUGAUAUUCAUUUUUUCAGGGUCAAUGAAUGAAAGUACCAUGUAAUCAACUUCCUUCUCCCUUUCAUAUUUGGCCUUGUACCAAAAUUAGAAAGAAUUAUUUAUAUUUUUUUCCAUGUUUCUAUUUUUUAAAGAAUACUGGCAGUGCCUCAGCAUGGCCACAGCCUUGGAGCUGAAACAUAAAAGAAUAAAACAAUAUAAAUAACCGUUAAAUGCUGUGAAGCACUUUCUAACAAUUUAAAGUCAAUAAUGAUUAUUGUUUUUAGUAUAAACAUACAAGAUCAAAAACUUGGGUACUUGACUAGUGUUCUACCUAUAAACACUGAAAGAAUAAAAGGUAAAGUUGACAGUAGCCAGAUUUGAACUCAGAGCUGAGGAGCCAGAGCAAAUACCACAAGCCAUUUUGUCUCACACUAAUAACUCUACCAAUUCAUUGCCCUUAAUAAUGAUAGUGGUGGUGAUGAUGAUAAUAGUAUGUGCAUCUCUGAUCACGAGCAUCAUAGCCAUGUGUUGAGAGGAAUUCUUUGAGGUUUGAAUAAUUCACCUCUGGAAACAUGGGUGUUUUGUUUAUCAUCCUUAAAACAAACCUUAUUCAGGGACAUUUUGAGCAGGGUGGGCUACUCGACCUGAAAAAAAUUCUAACUGAGCCCCACCUGCAAGGUCAUGCACUGUUUAUUUUGGUAUGUGACUGUGAUGCACCCCUAUCAGACAGGUAGUUGUGAUGGGUAUACUGGGCUUCGUAUAUUUUACCCCAGGGUCACUUUGAUGGCAUGCUCUGCUCUCUCACUCAAUGAUUUCCAGCAUUGGUACAGGAUUGAAAAAUUGCAUGCUGGACAGAGUAGGUUAAAUUGUCUCUAAUACCCGACUGGUGCUUAUAUAUCAACACUUGAAAAUAUGAGGAUAAUUGUAAUAAUUAUUUUCUACUCUAAGCACAAGGCCUGAAAUUUUGUGGGAGGGUGGUUAGUUAAUUACGUCACUCCCCAGUGCUCAACUAGUAGUUAUUUUAAGAACCCUAAAAGGAUAAAAAGCAAGGCUGGCCUUGUUGGAAUUUGAACUCAGAUCAUAAAGCUGAAAGAAAUGCUGCUGAGCAUUUUGUCCAGUGUGCUAAUGGUUCUGCCAUUUUGUUGCCUUAGUAAUAAUCAGGAUUUAUAACCUGGGAAUAAGGCUCAAUAUUCUGGGUGAGGGGACAGUUGAUGAUAGCAACUCCUGUUCUUGCUUAGCAUAUAUUUUAUCAUCCUUGAAAGGAGUGUGUCAUAAAAUUUGACUGAAAGGAGUUAAUGUAGGAUAUUCACUCUGACUUCGUAAAACCUUCACCGGCAAUGACUACCCAAAACGGAACCAUGGGUUGCAGGGGUGGUGCCUGAGUGGUGCAAUGGUGUUACCUGUCAGGUGAAGGGAAUCACCAACAAAUGGUGGAUGCAGUGACUAGUUGUUACAGCACAUGCCCCCAUACUACUACUGAUUUAGGCACAAGGCCAUGAUAAUGACGACAACAUUCUGAAUAGGACAUUGACAUGCAUGUUCUGAAAUUCCAUGACAAAUUCUUCCAAAAUGUAUCAUAAAAUAGAACAAAUUUGUCUGAGACUUUUUAGUUUUGUUUUCAAAUGUUAUUGCAUUCUUAUCAUGGUUAGGUUUUUAAUUUAAAAAUUUAUUUUCAUUUAUUUGAUUUCACUUAAAAGUUUUGUUUAUUUUAAAAAAAAAAAAUCUGAUAUUUACCUCAUAAUGCUUUAUCUUCAGUUGAUUAAAUGAACACCAUUGCUUUUUCAUGACCUCGAUAGCUUAAAAAAAAAACAUGUUUAUUACUUACAUGCUUAAUAAAAAAGAAUUUCAAUGAUUGAUUAACACAUCAUUGAUCACAUGAACUUUUUCAUAUUCUAACUGAGAAUAUUCUCUGAAUAUUUUACAAAGCCAAACUAGAUUUAAAGGAAGGCUUUCAGUGAAUUAAUGGACAUUAUUGCCAGAAAUUUGGUGUAAAACAGAUUUCAAUGUUCCCAAUAUAUUAGUGAUGCAAGAAUCCUAAUUCUGUAUGAUUUAGUUUGUCUUUCUCAACAAAACUAAUUCUUUUACCAUUUUUUUUUUUUUAAAAAGAGUUUUUUGCAUGAUAAUUCCCUAGUUUGGCAAUGUAUGCAUAUUUUAUAAAUCAGAGAAAAUAAUUCUGAAAGAGUAUUAAAAAAAAAAAAAAGCAGUGGUUCCUUUUUCGGUAAGUGAAUGUUCCAAUACUCAAAUGUUCCAUUUUAUUUGUAACUGACACCAAAUUUAUAAACUCGUUUUGAUUUAAUUUGUUCAUAAUUACCUGAAGAAUACUUUGAAUAAAGUCAAUCUUUAUUUUCUUACAA